CGCACCUGCUCUGCUGCACUCGCGAGCUCAGAGAUUUCAGCUCCUCGCGGACAGCAGCACAGAUCCUCAACAUGACAGAAUGUAUCAAAAACUGCUGCAGGACGUUUAUGUCCAAGGAGAAAGAACCAGAGAUUCAGAUGAUUAAGGUUCGACCUCCUGGUAAAUUAACUGUUGAGUCUACUGUAAAGAGGAAUGUUGGCUUAUCAGAGGAUUAUCUCCUGUCUAAACUGCCUCCGGACGGCCGGGAGGUUCCAUUCAUCAUCCCAACCUUCAAACCCUCCUACAUCCAGCCGAGAGGGGCGCAGUACUCUGGCUACAACAUCGGGCAACAGAGUGCCACAAGGAGCACUUAUGCAGAAAGGAAGGCAGAGCUCGCAGGAGCCAGUCAAAUGAUGUAUGACUCUGAUCUGAACUUAAACAGCAGUCAUAUGAUCAGCUACGUGUCGCCAGGCUCACUGAGACGGCCCAAUCUGAAAAACAGACCCAACAACAGCCCUGGGACAGGUUUAGAACACAGUGGCAAAGCGAGACUCAGUCUCUCCCUGUUUGAUUUGUCAAACCCUCAGGACCAUGUACAGCGUUAUGAUUCUGUAUCCAGUGUCCAGAGCAGCACAUCCUCCUUUCAGGAUUCCUUUGGGAGCAGCCGUAGUCUAGAGUCCAUCACUCUGUCUGGUGAUGAGCGGGAUCGUGAGCCGGGAAAAGUGUGUGUGCACCUGAAGUAUGAGGAGGCGGUGGAGCAGGUGUGGAUCACCUUAGUGAAGUGUACGGACUUGAGUGUGUAUACUGAAGGGGUGGACGUGCAGAGGAUUGGGGUCAAAGGGGUCAUCACCAUGACGAAGCCAGUGCGAUUUAAGAGCACAGUCAAGGAAACAUCAGCAGAAACUGUCUUCAUGGAGACAUUUGUGUUCACUCUGAACUUAGAGCAAAUCCGAAGAUCAGCACUGGUGCUGCGCCUGCAGGCUCACACACCACGUAAGCGGACGCUGGGGGAGUGUGUGUUAUCUCUGCGAACCCUCGGACCGCAGGAAACAAAGCACUGUCUGGAUUUCAAGCCUCACUCUAAAACACAUGUGUGUCACGCAGAGCUUCAGCUGGCCUUGUGCUUCCAGCCAGUGAGCAGUCGAAUUCAACUCCAGAUGCAUAGUGCUCAGAACCUUCCGUCAUCUUCCUCACCGCUCACACAGAGUUUCUUUGUGAAGGUUGACUUGCUGAGUGAGGGUAAGGUCUUACUGAAGAGGAAGACGAAGGUGAUGAAGUCAUCAGGGAGGCAUGUUCAAUGGGAAGAGGUGCUUCACUUGCCCAUCACCAAUCAGGACCAGAAUCUGCAGCUGGCAGUCAAACUCUACAGCCGUAGCUCUGUCCGGAGAAAACACCUGCUGGGACAGGUCCUCUUGGGAUUUGACGGCAGUUCACCUGAGGCAGUGCAACAAUGGAGGGAUUCCAUGACUAAUCCUGAAAAAGUGGUGACGUCAUGGCACAGAGUUAGUCGACUCUAAAAGAGAGAGGAUGAAGAAAUUAGAUUUGUGAUUCAAGUGGAUUUUAAAUGCAACUUCCAAAAAAGCCCCUUUUUUAUCUUUGAUUAAAUACGUAUGUUUAUUUUAGGUUAAAAAAACAGUGUGUCUUAAAUGCUG